AUGAAGAAGCCACAUGAUAUGAGUGUCGUCUCUACAAUUGAUAUUGUUGAUAAGGGGGACCUAGAAGCAUCAAUUGAUGAAGAAAGAUUUGAUGUGGAUACACAUGCCGCUGUAAUAAUGAAUUUUUAUAAAGACCUUAGGGAUGAUUAUGUGGAGACUCUAAAUGUUUUGCAAGGUAAGAGGUCACACUCAUAUGCUCCAAAGAGGUUAGAUUUAGACUUGAAAAACAUGCCAAAUCCUCCAGCAAAGCCAUCUAUUGAGGAACUGCUUGUGCUCGAGUUGAAACAGUUGCCUUGCCCCUUGAGGAAACUGAACAAGUGGACAUUGAAAGACCACUUCCAAAUGACAUUCAUGGACCAGAUGCUUGAUAGGUUGGCUGGUAAAGGGUGGUACUCCUUUUUGGAUGGAUACUCUGAGGCCACUUUGGAACUGUUUGUGGAUGAUUUCUAUGUGGUAGGUGACACAUUUGAUGACUGGUUGUUAAAUCUUAGCAGGGCACUACAGAGAUGUAAGGAGGCUAACUUGGUGCUCUAUCGGCGCUUCAUCAAAGAUUUCUCAAAAACUGCACACCCCUUGUGUAAGUUGCUAGAGAAAGAGGUGAAGUUCAAUUUUGAUGAAGAAUGUACAAAAGCGUUUGAGUAUCUUAAAGCAAAACUAGUCUCAGCCCCAGUGAUCAUUGGUCCAAAUUGGUCUGAGCCAUUUGAAGUAAUGUGUGAUACGAGUGGUUCUGCCUUGGGAGUGGUCCUAGGGCAAAAGCAAGACAAUCUCUUUUAUCCGAUCUACUACGCUAGCAAGGCGUUGAAUGGAGCACAACGAAGCUACACUAUCACUAAGAAGGAAUUACUUGUCGUAAUGUAUGCCUUUGAGAAGUUCAGAUCACAUUUACUAGGUACUAGAGUGGUUGUUCACAGUGAUCAUGCAGCACUAAGGUACUUAAUGACGAAGAAAGAUGCAACGCCAAGAUUGACAAGAUGGGUGGUGUUACUUCAAGAGUUUGACUUUAAAGUCAACGAUAGAAGCGGUUGUGAAAAUUAG